AUGGUCGGUAUCGGAGGCCGGAGCAAAGGGUGCAAGACCUGUCGCCGGCGAAGAGUGAAAUGCGAUGAAGGCAAGCCUCACUGCCAGCGAUGCUGCAAGGCUAAUAUACAAUGCGAUGGCUACAUACAGUAUGCCGAGUUCGUGGAUGUGACUUCCCAGCUCACUAGCAAGCGCUCUUCCAAGAAGGCCAAAUCCACAGUGCUCAGCUCAGCUGGGAGUACAGGGUCCAAUGAUUCUGUCGUGGAGCUGCCGUUCAUGCCAUUGACUGUCAACCCAGCUUUCGACGAACAGAUUGUCUUCACUUCUCAUCUCAUUAAUAGGCUGUUUUCAUGGGCCACGGACCCAAAUUCACCCGCCUCCGCUUCUUGGAUCCUUUCACUUACCUGUCCAACCGAGGACGAACAAGGUGUCUCGACGUCUUCACUUCGUGCUUUGGCAACUGCUUAUUUCGGAAAAACCCACGGACACUAUGAACUCGUAAGAAAAGGCGCGGGAUUCUAUUCUCGAGCACUUACUUCUCUACGUGAAAAGCUGCAAGAUUCUUCACACGUCUUAGGUGAUGAGGUGCUGGUCGCCAUCAUCUGCAUGGGAAUUUACGAGCUCGUCACCUUUGACCAACCAAAUGGAUGGCUUCAUCAUUACAAGGGCUUGGCUCGAUUAACUGCUUUGAGAGGGCCACACUGCUUCCAAGCAGGCAUCGCGCACGCGUUACUACCUACGCUUCGAUCUUGCAUUUCCAUUGGAUACAUCGUUGAACGCAAGCGCUGCUUUCUCGAUGAUCUGGAAUGGAAGACAAUACCAUGGGCGAUCAAGGGCAUCGACUCAAAAGAGCCCAUUAGCCACCUGCACGACUAUCUCAGUGACCUGCCUGGCUUUCUCGAAGACAUGGAUCGAGUUGUGAAUUGGCCUGCUUAUGAACCAGGACUCGACGACUUCAAAGCUGCCUACGGUGGACGAGUUUAUGCGACCCUCGAGGCUGUUUAUACUUGGCGCUGGGACUGGGAGCAAAAAUUUCCUAACGCGACAUACUUGAUUUCGCCCAAAGACCUUGAUGCAGAAGUAACCUUGGGAUUACCACACAGCCCAUUCCAGUCGAUCAUCUGGUUUUCCAACGCGUAUCGCGCUACCGAGUUAAUUACCUACAACUGCAUCCGGCUGAUUGCGACAAGGGCGCUUGAGAUAUCGGGAAUCAGUAUUGAUAUCCCAUUGUCUGAGGUGAACUCAACCGAUCCUCUAAUGCCGAUGCAAGGUACUAGACACGACGUGGCCGUGGAGACGUGCCGGAUGAUGAACUACCAUCUUCAUGUUCUGAGACGGAGUUCAGGGGCUUUCAUGCUUCUUUUCCCGCUGAACGUGUCAUACAUUCAUCUUGAAGGUGAUAACGAAGGAGCCAAGACUUGGCUUGAAGGCGUUAUGGCCGUUGUUGCGGACAUGCAUGGGUUUGAAAUAGGACGGAAGGAAAAUCUACCGCGGCAGGCUCAACUGACCGGGACAGGCACAAAAGCACCCACGCCCGCCUAA